GCCUACUGUUUUGUCGGCAGCUUUGAGGACCCUCAGGCGCUGGCGCGGACAGACCCAGGCCUGUCACAUCUCCAAGUUGCGGAGCAAAACGAGAAACUCAGCAGCCGAGUGGCGGCGGAGGAGUCCGGAUGUCGCCGCUAAUGGAGCUGGAAUAGCGGCGGUAGUGAAAACUCCACUCGUUUUCUUGUGAGUGGCCUGUGUUUAAACCACCAUGGGGGAUGUGGAUGUGGAGCCUUCCCUCAACCAGGUGGAGGAGCAUCAGCAGAGCCCCUCUGGCUCCUCCACAUCCAGCCUCUCUUCUCCCUCCUCGCCUUCUGUCAGUCUUCAGCAAGUACAGCAGCAGCAGUCUCUCAGUCCUGGGAGCAGUGACAGUGCUCGGGGGGUUAGCCCACCCUUGGACAUAAUUUCUGAGGGUGUGGGGGAACUCAGUAUUGUUAUUGACCCUGAGAUGGCGAAGAAAGCCUGCCAGGAAGUGCUGCAGAAGGUGAAACUCCUUAAGGGUGAGAAAAGUGCGGAGAGUGGCAUGACUAAUGGAACAGUACACGUGGAGCCUGUCGGGGGCGGGGAGGGAAAACCUCCCAAGAUCCGGGAAGAGGAGGAGGAGGACCCCCUCCCUGGGACAGUGAAGAGUGCCCGGCGACGGCAGAAAUAUAAUUCCUCCAAGCAGUCGUGGCUUUUGCGACUGUUUGAGUCCAAACUCUUUGAUGUCUCUAUGGCCAUCUCCUAUCUGUACAACUCCAAGGAGCCAGGGGUGCAGGCCUACAUUGGCAACCGUCUCUUCAGCUUCCGCCACGAGGAAGUGGACUUUUACCUGCCACAGCUGCUUAACAUGUACAUCCAUAUGGAUGAGGAUGUGGGUGAUGCCAUCAAGCCCUACGUGGUGCACCGCUGUCGGCAAAGCAUCAACUUUUCAUUGCAGUGCGCCUGGCUGCUGGGGGCCUACUCAUCCGACAUGCACAUCUCCACGCAGCGUCACUCUCGUGGCACCAAGCUGCGCAAACUCAUCCUCUCAGAUGAGCUUAAACCUGCGAGCCAGCGAGUCCGGCGGGAGCUGGCACCACCCCUAUGCAUGCCUCCUGUGCUUCCAGAGCAUGGGCUCUCGCCCUCGAAGCGUACGCAUCAGCGCUCCAAGUCAGAUGCCACUGUCAGCAUCAGCCUCAGCAGCAACCUGAAGAGGACAGCCAGCAACCCCAAGGUGGAGAGCAGCCAAGAUGAGGAUCUGAGCUCCAGCACUGAGAGCCUUGAGUUAGAGACUGGUGCACCAGCACGCCUCACACCACAGCGGGAGUUCAUUAAGUCCUUGAUGGGCAUUGGUAAGCGGCUGGCCACUCUUCCCACCAAGGAGCAGAAGACGCAGCGGCUCAUUUCAGAGCUCUCUUUGCUCAACCACAAGCUGCCAGCACGUGUCUGGCUGCCUACGGCUGCCUUUGACCACCAUGUAGUUCGUGUGCCUCACACGCAAGCCGUGGUGCUCAACUCCAAAGACAAGGCACCAUACUUAAUUUACGUGGAGGUGCUGGAGUGUGACAACUUCGAGACAUCCAACGUCCCAGUACGGAUCCCAGAAACACGCAUUCGCAGCACACGGUCGGUGGAGAACCUGCCUGACUGUGGAAUCACGGCCGAUCAGCGUGCCUCCAGCUUCUCCACUGUGCCCAACUAUGACAAUGAUGACGAGGCCUGGUCUGUUGACGACAUUGUUGAGCUACAGGUUGAGCUCCCAGAGGUCCACACAAACAGCUGUGACAACAUUUCCCAGUUCUCAGUUGAUAGCAUUACCAGUCAGGAAAGCAAGGAACCUGUCUUCAUUGCAGCUGGAGACAUCAGGCGGCGUCUUUCAGAACAGUUGGCUCACACUCCUACAACAUUUAGGAGGGAUCCAGAGGAUCCCUCUGCUGUUGCCCUUAAGGAACCCUGGCAGGAGAAAGUUCGGAGGAUAAGAGAAGCUUCUCCGUAUGGCCAUCUGCACAACUGGAGACUGCUCUCAGUCAUUGUCAAGUGUGGAGAUGACCUCCGGCAAGAGCUGCUUGCCUACCAAGUGCUGUGCCAACUGCAGUUCAUCUGGGAGCAGGAGCGAGUACCCCUGUGGAUCAAGCCCUACAAGAUCUUGGUCAUCUCCUCAGACAGCGGCAUGAUUGAGCCGGUAGUGAAUGCUGUAUCCAUCCAUCAGGUGAAGAAGCAGAGCCAGCUCUCUUUGCUGGAUUACUUCCUUCAGGAGCAUGGAAGUUACACCACGGAGGCCUUCCUGUCCGCCCAGAGGAACUUUGUGCGGAGUUGUGCUGGGUACAGCCUCAUCUGCUACCUGCUGCAAGUCAAGGACAGGCACAAUGGUAACAUCUUGCUGGACUCCGAAGGCCACAUCAUUCACAUUGACUUUGGCUUCAUUCUGUCCAGUUCCCCCCGCAACCUGGGCUUUGAGACCUCUGCUUUCAAACUCACCAGCGAGUUUGUUGAUGUGAUGGGGGGGCAAGAUGGAGACAUGUUUAACUACUACAAGAUGCUGAUGCUACAAGGUUUGAUUGCUGCACGAAAGCACAUGGAGAAGGUGAUCCAGAUUGUGGAGAUCAUGCAACAAGGCUCACAGCUGCCCUGCUUCCAUGGGUCGAGUACCAUUCGAAACCUGAAGGAACGCUUCCACAUGAACCUGACGGAGGAGCAGCUGCAGAUGCUGGUGGAGCAGAUGGUGGAAGGCUCUAUGCGAUCGCUUACCACCAAGCUGUAUGAUGGCUUCCAGUACCUCACCAAUGGCAUCAUGUGAAUGCUUAUGUACAGAUAUACUUGCAGAAGGAUCUGCACAUAACUGGACUUGUAUGCAGAGAAGUGCAAGUAGACUUGGGGUGCCACGCACCUUGCAGAGACCACUCAUCUCCCAUUGUUGCCCUGUGUUUGCCUCUUCUCCUAAUCGACAGACAGCUUUGGAUCCACCAACUUGUAAUUUUCCUUGGUCUCCUCUGUCUCUUCUGGUUUUCUUUCUUGCUUUUCACUCUGUUGCCACCCCCAAUC